AUGACAUACGAAGAUGUCUUUGAAGAGGCUCCCGUACCAGGUACCGUCCACCUAGUGGAUCUGGAAGGAACCAUGCACGCACAGCAUGCUAGAGGUGGGCACCGAGACAUUGUGCUCGUUCCAACCCCCUCGCAAGAUCCUGACGAUCCGCUGAAUUGGUCGCCCAGGAGAAAGACUUUAUCCAUGAUCUGUAUGGGCGUAUACACACUCAUGGUGGGGAUCGCAAGUGCUGCUAUCUACUCAAUUCUGGAGCCCAUCGCCGAAGAGACCAGCUUGACAUUGAACGAACUCAAUAAUGGCACCGGAUACAUGUUCCUUUUCUUCGGCUGGGGCUGUCUGUUUUGGCAACCGCUUGCUUUGCAGUACGGCAAACGACCCGUGUAUCUGUUCAGCAUCCUCGCAACCAUGGGUAUUCAACUCUGGGCACCGUACACUAAGAGCAAUGGCCAGUGGAUUGCCAACAAGAUUCUGCAGGGCUUUUUUGGAGCACCUAUCGAAUCUCUGUGCGAGAUCAGCGUUACGGAUGUUUGGUUCCAGCAUGAAAGAGGAAAGUAUUUGGGUCUCUAUGCACUACUUCUUGCUGGCUCCAAUUUCCUCGCACCAGUGCUUGCUGGGUUCAUCGCAGACGGUCAAGGCUGGCAGUGGGUGCUGUACUGGUGUGCCAUCUUCUGCGGAGCUGGUUUUGUUUUUCUCUUUUUCUUCAUGGAAGAAACGAAUUAUUCCCGACAUUCUGUUAUCGGUGUAGCUCCGAUCGGAGUACGUCCGGAGCAAGCUCCCGUCGCAGCAAAGAUGAACGAGAAAAGCGCACGCCCGGACACCGAUGUGGCAUCCGAGGAUGAUUUGUCUACACCAAUUGGGAGCUCCAAGAGCAAAACCUACCUAGACAAACUCAAGCUGUGGCAAAAGGCCGACCUGCAGAAAGACAAUCACAUUGCUGGCAUGACAGCUAGACCGCUGAUCUUCCUCACCUUUCCAGUGAUUGUAUAUGCAGGCUUCUCUUACGGGAGCAAUCUAAUCUGGUUCAAUGUACUCAACGGCACCGCCUCAUCCAUCCUUGGCAACGCGCCAUAUAACUUUUCGGCCAGCAUGGUUGGCCUCUCAUACAUCUCACCCCUCAUCGGCGUAGCCAUUGGGUCAUUUUAUACCGGAGUCAUUGGUGACAAAAUCGUCCUUGCAAUGGCACGUCGUAACGGAGGCAUCCUCGAAAGUGAACACAGACUCUGGCUGUUCCUGCCAUCUCUCGUACUCAUCCCAGGUGGACUGAUACUGUGGGGAGUUGGAGCGGCGCAACAAGUCAUGUGGUUUGGAUGUGUCUUUGCGAUGGGGGUCAUUGCUUUGACGAACACGAUAGGCAUCCAAUUGAGUAUAUCGUACGCUGUCGACUCGUACAAAGAUCUUGGAGGCGAGGCCAUCGUUACUGUCAUUUUGAUCCGUAACACGAUGAGCUUUGCUAUUGGGUAUGGUAUUACACCCUGGAUCGAUGGCAUGGGCUUGCAAAACGCAUUUAUUCUAGCAGCUUUCGCAGGACUCGCACAGUGUCUUACCUUCUUUGCUAUGGUGAAGUGGGGCAAGGGGCUAAGGAAGCAGAGUGCUACCAAGUAUGCCAAGUACGUUCAGAAGAUGGCAGAAAGCGGUCUUGUGCAUUGA